ACAAAAACAAGAAGGUCCCCAUAACGGCCAUUAACGGAGGCAGUCGGUGCUAAUGUAUUCGUUACAUAAAAAUCCACUAUAUAUAGUCCCUGCGCUUAAACGGGCGAGGAUUUUCGAAACAAAAGCACUUGUGGGUUUUGGCAGAGUGAUUUCCUUUUCCUUUCCCUUUGGCUUGAAAGGAUCAGUUACUGUUUCUUUCUUUCUUUCUUUCUCUCGAUGAGCUUCACUUCGAUUCCCGCCAAUUCUCUAUAAGCAGAGAAUAAGGAGAUGGGUGAGGUGAAGUUAGAGGAGUGCUGCCUUGAAAAUAAGCAAUUAACAGCAGCUUCAUGCUCGUCUAUAUCUGAAGGCAGUGUCAGUACAAUUCUCAAGUCUCCGGGAGUAUCCAGUCCAGCAACAGCUUCACCAAUUCAUAGGAGAACCACAGGGCCAAUAAGGCGAGCAAAAGGUGGCUGGACUCUAGAGGAGGAUGAGACAUUAAGAAAUGCUGUUGCUGCUUUUAAGGGGAAAAGUUGGAAGAAAAUAGCUGAGUUUUUCCCUGAUAGAUCAGAAGUGCAAUGUCUGCAUAGAUGGCAGAAGGUUCUUAAUCCUGAUCUUGUUAAAGGACCUUGGACUCAAGAGGAGGACGAUAAAAUUAUUGAUCUGGUAGCAAAAUAUGGACCCACAAAGUGGUCUGUCAUAGCAAAGUCUUUGCCUGGUCGCAUAGGGAAGCAAUGCCGAGAAAGGUGGCACAAUCAUUUGAAUCCUGAUAUUAAGAAUGGUGCUUGGACAUUAGAGGAGGAGUUGGCACUCAUGAAUGCCCAUCAGAUACAUGGGAACAAAUGGGCUGAAAUAGCUAAGGUUUUGUCUGGAAGGACUGAUAACUCUAUAAAGAAUCACUGGAAUAGUUCCUUGAAGAAAAAAUUAGAUUUCUAUUUGGCUACAGGGAAACUUCCUGCUGUUGUAAAGAGUGAUAUUGUUUUUUCUUCACGGAAACUUCCUUCAGUUGCAAAAACUAGUAUCCGAAGUGGAAGUGAAGAUUCGAAUAAACCUGCUGUCGCCAAGAUGAGUAAAGAUUCAGAUUCAACUGCUCAAACCUUAUCAGGAACUACUGAUGCAUGUAAGCUAGAAGAAAAUGGCAAGGAUGAAUUAGAGUCAUUAGCUCUGGUGCAAGAUAUGGCAGCUUCAUCAAGCGUUUUUCCAAAUGAGUCUACUGAUUCUGAAGGUGUAGAAUGUAAACAGCAUUCAUUUGUCACAUAUCAUAGUUGCUGUGAUUCAAAGUCGCUACGAAAAUGUGAGAAUUAUGGAAUCAACUAUGAAAUUAAUGAAGAGAAAGUUAUUGGGUCUCAAUUGCAGUUUCAAACAUCAACUUAUGGUUCUUUGUAUUAUGAACCACCACGAUUAGAAACUUUUACUCCAAUAGAUAUGGAUACUUUAGUUAUGCAUCAAGUGCAGCAUGAGUACAGUUCUAGCCCAAUUUCUUCUCCCGUUAGUUCCUUCACUCCACCUUGUGUGAAGAGUAGUUGUUUAAGCACCCAAAGCCCUGAAUCUAUAUUGAGAAUUGCUGCUAAGAGCUACCAAAACACGCCAUCCAUAUUUCGAAAGCGAAAGACUGGAAGUCAAAUGCACCUGCUUCCUAGUAAAAUUGGGAAAGUAGGUCAAGAAUCUGUUGAAGACAGGUUACAGAGAAGAAUUGAGAAUACUUCAGAGAAGGCUGGGUCUCAAGAAGGAAAUGUGUGCAACAGUCCUCGUCCAGAUAAUAGCACCUCCUUGUCUAAUGGUAAAGCUUUUAAUGCAUCUCCCCCAUACAGGUUGAAAUCCAAAAGAACUGCCGUUUUCAAGUCUGUAGAAAGGCAACUUGAGUUUACUUUUGACAAGGAGAAAUGUGAGAGCACCAAUUCUGUGAAUGGGAGCUCUCUUAUAAGUGAAGAUUGUUCUCUUGCAACAAAGAUGGGAGUGACCUAGAGGACAACCUGACAGCCUUCUCAUCAGGCGUAAAUCCCUUCUCCUUCAUCUGCUACAGAAACUACUUGGCUUCAUCCAGCUUCUACUCCCCACUUGUGGCCUUUGUCCUUGAUCUAAGAGAAGAGCUCCAAUAUCUCAUGGGUAAGGCUGUCUUUAGAUAAAGUGGCGAGCAUCUUAUGGAAGAUGAAUUGAAGUUCAGUCUUUGGGGUCAUUGUGCUCCUUGAUGACAGGCUUCUUGUUAAAGGGAUCAUAAGGCAGAGGGAGUUUUUUCUUCCAAUUUCUUUCAUAGCUUGAACACUCUACUUGUUCUGAUCAUCUUCAAAAUCAAAAUCAGAGGGUGAAAAGUUUACACUGUUGUUUAUUGCCUUCAUCUCCUACUUGUCAUUGGUGGACUCAGAGCAGAAUAAGUCCUUGAAAGUGGAACGUGGUUGUGGCAAUGGUUGCGAGGCAUUGGAAUGAACAAAGCACAACCACCAUGGCAGAGAGAUGGUUCUGGGUUUCAUGGAAUUCAAAACUUAUAAAAUGCAAAAUUUCUGAGGAAAAAAAAAAUGAAUUGCCAAUUUGGCAAUGGAGCUCAGAUUAGUGAACAAAAUUCUAUGUUUCGGUUUGUUUAAAUUUAAAUUGCAAAUUUGUUGAAUUUGUGAGGAGAUAUCAUUUGAAAAACCUUACUGGAGCUUUCAUGGAGAAAAUUUGUGAUGGAAGUGAAAAGGGCUGGAAAAGGAUUGCGAGAGAAAGAUGAAGGGGAAGGAGAUUUUCUCUUUUCUUUGCAGCAGCUGGAUCUUUUAGUCAUAUCAGAGCCAUUAAAUCUGCCAUGUUGGAUCCCUCUUUUGCUGUUUACUUGCUCCUUGGCUCAUGAUUACACUAUUUGUGCUGAUUGUACCAAUUUGUGUUCAAUUAUUAUGAUUUUAUUAAGUAUUCAAUAGGUUAAAAAAAUAGUUUAUGUGCUCAAUAGGUCAAUCCCAAAUUGUUCAGGGGUGCAGAUAAGUAUUUGGUUGGAUUGUAGUCACAGACUGCAUUGUAUGGUCAAUGCCUACAAAUUCAUGUAAAACCAAUUGAGAAUGUGGAAAUGUUCACAGGUUCCAAGGUUUACAUUCA